CCUUGGCUGACGAAUUAAGAGCCCUAAAACAGACAUUUGAUAGCACGAAACCUGCUUAUAAAAUAGUUUGUAGAUUGCAAUACGAAUUGAAGGAAAGUACAAUUUUUUUUUCGGCUCGCAGAUUUGGUGGUGCUAGCAUGGAGAAAACGCAAAAUUACGAAGUUUGGAAGAAAAAUGAUCAAAUCGCAUCAUUGAAGAUAGAGUCCAAUUUGAUCGACAUGGAAUUGGAAAUUGAUAAAGCAAGACUUCAUGAAUAUUCCGAUGCUGAGUUUGAUGCAAUGGAAAAAGGAAGGAAGAGAAUCAGAACCGGAUCAUCACCAUCAUGUUCUUCACCUCAAUCCGGGAAGAUGACCAUCUCUUCGAAGAAUUUGGAUGACGAAAUCGAUGAAUUCCUUCUAAGUCCCAAUGAGCAACAACCCAAUCGGUUUGCUGAGAAUCUUAAGAGAUCAGGGACCGCAGAUGAGCAAUACGAAUAUUGGUAUACUGUUGCCUUAUUUGGAGCUUGUAUAGAUGUUGCAUAUAGAGAUGCAAAAUUAGGAACGGAUGUUAAAAGAUCGGACGUUCCAUCAUAUGCAAGCUCAAAUCGAAAGAACCGUUCUAAAAAAUCCAAAAGAAAAUUGACAGGAAGGAAAAUAGAUGGCAUUGUGUAUUUGAUAGAAAAUUUACAUGAAGUGGGAGCGAUAGAAGGUGCAAGAUCUUACGCUGGAGUACAUGACAAAAAAUAUCUUGAAGAAUAUUUUAAAAUGCCAAAAACAUUACGAGAUAUGCUGACAGAUUUAGUUAUAGCUGUUGAUUAUGAUGAGAGUAAAAUGAAUAAAUUUCAAGUUUUUGGGAUCAUACACCUUGGACUAAAAAUACAAUUUAGCAGGCUGUGGAGAGCAGGUGGAUCGAUAACGAUCUUUAAAAAAGAUCCUCCGCUAUAUGAAGUGCCGAGGAAAUUUUCUACUGAUAAAUUUAAGAUUUUUUUAAAAUUUUUAGUUUCAAUAUACAAAUAUAAGAUGAUAAUAAAGAAUAAUAUACAAAUUUUAUAUAUGGAAGCUAAUGGAAAUACUUUAUUGGAUGAACUUAAAGAUGUUGGUCGGCCACAAAAACCGCCUCAAAUCACUAAUUAUACUAAAUAUUUUGCAAAUGCUUUUGCAACUCCCCGAAAGUCAAGAGAGAAAAAGAUUGAAA